GGGGUUUUGAUUUUGAUAGGAAACGAAGAUUUGAUGCGUGUGGGAAAGUAGAGUAUAUAAAUUAUAAAACCCAGAAAAUCACAACUUAUAACGGUCAAAAUCUCACCACCCCAGGCCCAGACCCCAAUUUGUAACUUUUGUCUGUUCAACAAGAAUUCCAUGGCAAUUCCUUCACAUGGGCGCGCCAGUUUCUCUACUCAAGCCAAUGCUCUCCUCCGAAAAAACUUAGUUUUUCAGAGACGAAAUAAACGUUCAAAUUGUUGUCUCAUAAUAUUCCCGGUUUUACUUUGUGUUCUGCUUUCCACCUUACAAAGAGUGAUUGACAAUGAAUUGAACAAAGAAAAGUAUAGAUGUGGUUGCGCUCAAGUUAAUGGUACAACUGAAUGUGGGAUUCAAUAUUCAACAUUGGAGCAAGCUUCCAGUUGUCCGAUUCCUACCCCCCAAAAAUGGCCUGCCUUGCUUCAAGUUCCGGAUCCUCAAAAUCGCGCUGUUAGAACUGACUUUCUUACAUCUUCAGACUUACCUAGUCAGUCAUGUAGACAGACAGGAUCUUGUCCUGUCACUGUACUGGUGACUGGGAGUAAUCGAACACUUGGUCAAAGCUUGGCCAGCAACCUGUUCCCGGUAUCCCCUGUGAAUUCCUCCGAUUUUUUAUUUAGUUUGGCAAAUAAUGUCUUGGGAUCAGCAUCGAUGCCAGAGACGCAGAAUUUUCUUGAUCCUGCUUACACCUCAGGCCUCCCUCUGUACUUUGUUCAACCACGCUGCCAGUCUAGAUCGUCAUUUUCUUUGCCCGUAGAGAUUCUGUCGUCAACUUUGCAGCAAGAUGUAACUUGUGCUCAAGGUCUUCAUCUGUGGCGGAAUAGUUCUUCUGACAUUAAUGAUGACUUGUAUAAGGGUUACCGUAAAGGUAACCCCGAAAGGGAGAUAAAUGAAUUUGUUGCAGCAUAUGAUUUUCUCAACUCAAACAUGAACAACUUUAAUGUGAGCUUGUGGUAUAAUGCAACAUUCAAGAAUGACACUGGAUUUUCUAGGUCGGCAUUGAUACGUGUACCACGCUCAGUGAAUCUGGUGUCCAAUGCCUACCUUCAGUUUCUGCUUGGACCUAGUACCAGAAUGCUUCUGGAGUUUGUCAAAGAAAUGCCAAAGCCUGGAACUCGGCUGAGCAUUGAUAUAUCAUCUCUCCUCAGUGCGCAGUUUUUCACAUUUGUUAUUGUAGCACUCUUUCCUGUCGUGCUGACAGCUCUGGUUUACGAAAAACAACAACGAUUACGUAUCAUGAUGAAGAUGCAUGGGCUUGGUGAUGGCCCUUAUUGGACAAUUUCCUAUGCUUAUUUUCUAGCUUUAUCUGCUAUCUACAUGAUAUGUUUUGUGGUAUUCGGAUCACUUAUUGGACUAAAAAUCUUCACAACAAAUGACUACAGCAUUCAAUUCGUAUUCUAUUUCCUUUAUAUAAACUUGCAGAUUUCUAUGGCAUUUCUUGUGGCCCCUAUCUUCACGAACGUUUUAAGUGCUAGAGCUGUAGGUUAUUUACUGACAUUUGGCACUGGGCUGUUAGGAGGAUUUCUGUUCCAGAAUUUUGUUCAAGAUACCUCAUUUCCAAGAGGAUGGAUUAUUGCCAUGGAGUUAUAUCCUGGAUUUUCUCUUUAUCGAGGUUUAUAUGAGCUUGGGCAAUACUCUUUUCUCGGGGAUUCUAUGGGUACCCAUGGUAUGCGGUGGGAAAACUUGGGUGACGGCAUGAAUGGGAUGAAAGAGAUUAUGAUCAUCAUGUUUGUUGAGUGGCUGAUUGUGCUUCCAAUUGCAUUCUAUGUUGAUCAAGUUGUAUCAUCUGGAAGUGGCGUGAAGAGGAAUCCACUGUUUUUCUUCCAGAGCUUGCUGAGGAAGUCCAAGUCUGUUUCACGGAAGCAUAGUUUACAAAAGCAAGGAUCAAAAAUCUUUGUUGAGAUGGAGAAAGCUGAUGUUGUCCAAGAGAGGGAGAGAGUAGAACAGCUGUUAUCAGAACCAAGUUCAAACACUUCCAUAGUUUGCAACAACUUGAGAAAGAUAUAUCCUGGAAGGGAUGGGAAUCCUCCAAAACUUGCAGUCAAAGGGUUGUCUCUUGCUGUGCCACGUGGUGAAUGCUUUGGGAUGCUUGGCCCAAAUGGUGCAGGGAAAACCUCCUUUAUCAGCAUGAUGAUUGGGCUCACAGAUCCCACAUCUGGUGCAGCAUUUGUUGAGGGUUCAGACAUCCGUUUUCAAAUGAAUGAAAUAUACACCAGCAUGGGUGUUUGCCCCCAGCAUGAUCUACUCUGGGAGACCCUAACCGGAAGAGAGCACCUAAUCUUUUAUGGCCGACUUAAAAACCUCAAAGGUUCUGCCUUAAUGCAGGCAGUUGAAGAAUCUUUAAAAAGUGUGAACUUGUAUCAUGGCGGUGUUGCUGACAAACUUUCUGGGAAAUAUAGCGGAGGAAUGAAAAGGAGGCUUAGUGUGGCUAUUUCCUUGAUUGGUGACCCUAAGGUUGUUUACAUGGAUGAACCAAGCACUGGGCUAGACCCUGCUUCAAGAAAUAAUCUGUGGAAUGUUGUGAAGCAAGCGAAACAAGACAGAGCUAUUAUUCUUACAACCCAUUCUAUGGAAGAGGCAGAAGUUCUUUGUGACCGGAUAGGAAUUUUUGUUGAUGGUAACUUGCAAUGUAUAGGAGGCCCAAAGCAGCUGAAGGGAAGGUAUGGAGGAUCCUUUGUGUUCACAAUGACAACUUCGGCAGAGCAUGAUGCAGAAGUGGAAACAAUGGUGAGAGGCCUCUCUCCCAACGCCCAAAAGAUAUACCAUAUCUCGGGAACGCAGAAGUUCGAGAUUCCCAAACAUGAAAUCCAGAUUUCUGAUGUUUUCAAGGCAGUCGAGAAAUUUAAGAAGAGAUUCUCAGUCCAAGCAUGGGGUCUUGCUGACACCACUUUGGAGGAUGUAUUCAUCAAGGUUGCCCGCGAAGCACAAUCCUCAGAUAUUCUUUCAUGAUGAGGAAGACGGUGUGUACAUAAUUUCGUUUGAAACUAUGCAUGUUACAAGAAUAGUUAUACAUCUACCAGGUUACAAGUGAUGGUAAUAGUAAUACGUUUUAGUGUAAUUUUGUAAGAACCUAAAUGUCAGUGUCCAUGGUAUACCUUAAACCUGGGUUUUCUUGUAUUAACAUUCAGUACCACCUUUCAAAGUGGUAUGACUGAUAAUAAAAUUUUAUCAAGAAAUUAGAUGUUUUGGGAGAA